AUGUGCAUGGCCGAGUACUGGUGCUCCACCCAGCUGUCACCCCCGCGGGGUGUCCCCACGCCCCACGGCAGCACGGCGGCGUCGCCGCUCUCCUGGCCGGCCCUCUGGAACUCCUCCGAGGGCUGGAACUCCCCGCCCCCCGCGAGGCCCUGGCUCGAGUCGACGCCCAGGAGGCUCGCGCGGCCAGUCCUCCGAUUGAAAUCCGGUGGCACAAGCAGGGGCCCCUUGGACGCGUUCGCGCGGGCCUCAAUGGCGCGCUCGUACUGCGCGACCCUUGCCACCAAGGCCGCGGCGCGGCCCUCGGCGUUCGUGAUCUUGCGGUCGGCCUUCCGCGAUGCCUCCGACUUGAAGGCGAUGCCGUGGGCCAGCGGGGCCCACGCCGUCAGCAGUCCGAGGGCCGCAACGGCAUGA